GUGGUCAUGCCAAUACAUAAAGCAGUUAAAUAGUAUGGCGGAAAGUACGAUUAAAAGUGGUGAUUAUUCAACUAUUCAAUGGACUUCGUUGAGUAUUACUCAUGUUGAAUAUCCUCAGGGUGAAUGGUUUGGUAAAAUUCUUGCCAUAACCAGCUUGCUUCCAUUGGUCAUAAUAAUAGCUUUUACAACAUUAAUAAUUUUUCGAAGGGAUUUACAUACAAUAUCCUACUUCCUUGGUAUUCUUCUAAAUGAAGCCAUUAAUUUUAUAUUAAAGCAUUUAAUUAAAGAAUUAAGGCCUUGUAAAGGCAGGGAGAUUCUGCAUACAGAAUAUGGAAUGCCUUCUAGUCAUUCACAAUUUAUGUGGUUUUUUUCAAUGUAUUUAUCAUUUUUUGUAUUAAUUAGAUUGCAUCAUGGUAGUAGCAGUUUUUCAUUAGAGAGCUUAUGGAAAUAUCUGGUCACUUUAGGAGGUUUUGUAGCUGCUUCUUUGGUUUCAUAUAGUAGGGUAUAUCUUCAGUAUCAUACAUCAAUGCAAGUUAUAUGUGGAGCAAUGCUUGGAGUUGUAUUUGCAGUUGUUUGGUUUACGAUAACUCAGUUUUUUUUAACUCCUUUGUAUCCUGUCAUUACAUCCUGGCCUAUUUGUGAAUUGUUAAUGAUUAGAGAUUCAACUUUGAUUCCAAAUGUUAUGUGGUUUGAAUAUACAUCACAUCGAACAGAGUCAAGGACAAGACAACGAAAAUUAGCUUCUAUGAAAGCUCAGUAAGAAAAUGAAUCAGUAAAUUCAUAUUUCUUUUAUGAGGUUGUUAGAAAGUUCAUCUUAAUUGGAAAAAUAUUAAAGUUCUGAAAUAUAAUUGCCAAUUUCUAUGGCAGCUACAUUUAUGAAAAUUCAAAAAUUCUUGUUAACUAUCACUUUAAACAAAAUAAUGGAAAAUAAUAAAAAUCUAGAUAC